ACAGUAUACUCGUCACGGGACAUUGCUAAUCGCAAUAGAAAACCAUAUUCAUUCACUAACUCACUUUAUUCUUUUCUACCAGCUUGUCUACAUCACCGUGGCCGUACCCUACAUCCUCAUCUUUAUCUUCCUCAUCCGGGGCUGUCUACUUCCGGGGUCAGCUGAAGGAAUAUACUACUACAUCUAUCCCAAGUUUGACAAGCUCACAGACCCUAAAGUGUGGAUUCAGUCGUGUAGUUUCGCCCUGGCUUCCAUGGGUAUAGCCAUGGGGUGCAUAAUUACUAUGUCUGGACACAACAGAAUGGACAACAACUGCUUCAGGGAUGUAAUAAUAGUUUGCCUGAUGGAUUCACUCUCGAAUGUGUUCUUCGGCUUCGCUUUCUUCUCUAUCGUUGGCCACGCGGCCUAUCAACGUGGAGUAACCGUCGAUGCGUUUGAAUCAUCUGGGUUUGACCUUGCCUUCAUCGUCUACCCCGAAGUGGUUUCCACUCUCCCCCUACCACAGCUGUGGUCUGUGCUGACCUUUGUGACUUUGAUGUCUCUGACUAUCGAUUCUAUGGUACCAUGUGUGGAGAUACCCUUAGCUGCCUUGGAGGAUAUGUUUCCCAAGCUGAUGAAGCGACACUGGUUCUUCCUCAGUGCUGUGCUCCUCAGUCUCUUCCUGUUUGGUCUGAUAUAUACGUCACAGGGUGGGAUAUUCGUGGUGACGCUGGUUGACUGGUACACCUUCUUCCCAUCAACGCUCGUGAUUGGCAUCCUUGAGUGCAUUGCUGUCAGCUGGUGUUAUGGAACAAAAAGACUUCAGGAAGACGUCCGUGCGAUGUGGGGAAAGACAAUACCUCGGGUCAUGGUCAUAUCUUUCCAGUUUCUGUGCCCCCUAUUUUUAGCUGUGAUCUUCUGCUACUCUCUCUACUCCUACCGACCCCCAAAGUACCAUGACUACAUCUACCCUACCUGGGCAACAGCUGUUGGAUGGCUCAUAACCUUUGUGACACUCCUGCCAUUACCGACUGUUUUCAUCUGGACGGUUUACAACAGUCCAGGGGCAACUAUGAAAGAGAAAUUGAAGAAAUCUCUCGAACCAAAUGAAUACUGGAGACGAUCACCGCAGGAGGAAGAUGUCACUGAUGUGUUACAGCCAAUGGCUAUACUUCCGGCUUACACCGGCUAACAAGGGAAAUGUGUAAAGUCUUGAGAAGCCCAAUUAUUUGUCUUUAGAUCUUUUCUAGUAAUAUAUUUCUGCACACA